AUGUCGACUACAACUCAGAUCUUGUUCAAUUCUCCCGCCCUACACUCUCUGAAGCGUGAGCAGCUGGUCAAGCUUUGCAAGAUACACUCCAUCAAGGCGUCGGGAAAAAACACCGAGCUUAUCGAGCGACUCAAACAGCGCGCGCAAGAGCUGCCCAAGGACGAUGAAGAUGGUCACGGUCUUGCAUCUUUCGCUGAAGGAGGUGAUGGCGGAUUCAGGGUCCAGAUGCCGAGGCCUAGUGAGCAGUGGGAGGUCGUCAUGGAUGAUAUCGCGGAAGUGCCGGAGAGCUCGUCCCUGAAAACGAUUUCGUCCAAAGGGAGUUACCGCAGCAUGCCCGGAGAGUUUGGCACUGGCAACUCAAAGACCUCAAGCAUAAGUUCCUCAAUCAAAGCCUUGGCCAAUUCCCUCGGCAUAAAACACGCAGUCUCCACCAAAUCUACUUCUGCUCAGAACGUGGCGACCACACCAUUAACAGACGAGGUACGAUCCGAAAAUGCGGAGCCAUUGCAACAAACGAACCACUUCCCCUCUGGCCCGCAGAACGGCUAUGACACAGACGGUGACGUGUCGAUGUCCGCGCCCGUCCCCGGUAGUCCGUCGCGCCCAGGAAUGCCUGCUCCCGAUAAUGCCAGACUCAGCAUGGGCCAAGGCCUCACGACGACCGUCCGUCUGAUUUCAACAGCGGCCACGAACACCGAUUUCCCGACCCCUCCCCGUCUCCAGCCCUUCCAGACCACGUUCGACCUGAAGAUGUACUCGCCCGGCGCGAACGCGUCGCCAGGGCAGCGCAUGACCGUGUGGCCCGCGUCGCCGAGCAACCAGCCACAGCGUCUGUACCCUGCCAUUCCGGUCGAGGACUACCCCGCGCCGCGGCCUGCCGAUGUCGCGCCACAGGCCACGCCGAACGACGCUAUGGACGUCGACAUGCCCGGGGGCAUAUCCACGCCGGCGAACCAAGCCACACCCGCCAGGACGACGCGUUCAGCCGGGUCAGCCUCCAAGCCAAAGUCGACGCCGAUGCCCGUCGACGUGCCCGAUCUCUUCUCGCCCAUGCGACCGACCGCAGACGCAGCGACCAAGGCGCCUGCGCGGCUGCCCAUCCCGCGGAGCGAGCCGUUCCUGUUUGGCUCACCACUGCCGCGACACAGUCUCUCGAACAAGGAGUUCGACAAAGCGGCGGCGUCGGUGCUCGAGGAGAUGAACAAGCGGCUGGCCGAGGCGGGCGUGCCGAGCGCGCAGAGGGCGCCCGUGCCGUUCGAUGGGUUCUUUGGUGCGGUGGGCAAGCCUCAGGCGCAGACGGACAGCGCCGAUAGGUUCGCGAAAGCGCAUGAUGAUGUGUUCAGCAAGAUGGAUUCGAUCACCACGCACUAUGCCGCGCGGCGUGGCGCUGGCACUGGAUCCGGGACCGCUGUAGCAUCGAAGAAGCGCAAGUCUGAUGUCCUGGGCGUUGGCCCGGCACCAGGUGCGAAGAGAAAGAGUAGUGCCGCGGGUGCGCGCGUUAUCAGCAACGGCGUGCGGAAGAAGAUGGGGGUGCCAGGUGGGUUUGGCGAGGAAGACGAGGAUGAGGAUGGAGACGAAGAUUCGGGCGAUCGGCGGUCGUCCAAGCGCAUACGUGUCACUGGAACAGAAGAUGUGCAUAAGGGAAAGAGAGUCUCGAUUGCGCCGAAGAGUGGUCUGGGAGACGCCGAUGUUGAUGAACUACAGAAGCAGAGAGAACGGGAGGCUAUACGCAAGAAGUUGGAUGCGAACAAGGCGAGGCGGAGAAGCAGCCGGGGGAGAGUCAGCAUUGGUGGAAAGCCUCCGGUCAAAGCCAAGACGUCCCGCUUCGGGUUCCUUGCCUCCGCCAAAUCUAUCGUGAAGAAUGUCUGGAAUAUGGGAGCAGGCUCAUCAAGCGCAACGAAGUCAUCAACAGCUUCCAGCAUUCCAGUCGCUAAGCCAACAUUGCCCACCAAGACAGCUCCAGAAACGAGGCCAGCUGCUUCAACGCAGAAGACAGUCGAAAGUGCCAGAAGCCGUGUGCUUUCUGGUAGUCACAAUAUGCCCAAGCCCCCGACGUCGUCGGUAGCAACGAAGAGAGAUAGCACAAUCAACUCUACGAAGAGCUCCAUUGCAACUAUCAGGUCUCCCAUACCGUCAUUCGCAAACCCCGCAACUGCUGCGAAACCUGGCUCCAACACCGCGAAUUCAAGGACGAGUGUUUCUGGGGGAGCAGGCACUUCCGCAAGUCGCACUCACUCAAGAAACGAUUCACUAACUUCUGUCGGGACAAGGACAAGCCUUGCCACGGGUUCGCGGACAGCCGUCUCGUCUAUUGGCACCCGAAAAAGCACAACCAACGCUUCUGCGACGGGUACUGCAAACUCCAGGAUGACCAUAGGAGAUGGCCAAGACGCGGAGAACUCAAGCAAUGUGGCCAACUCACUGAAUGUCAGGAAACGGACAUCGUCUCUAAUGGCACCAACCGCAAGCUCUCUGGCUAAGACCACGAACGGAGUCAAGCCCGCAGGGACAGCAGGGAGGUUGUCCGCUUUGCCAGUCGUUGCCGAGCAGCCCACGAAACUCGUAAAGUCGAAGAGGUACUCUGUCAUGCCAUCAACCGCUACAAAGGGCGCCCUGGACCCUACCGCGAACAGCCUACGCUCUCCUCCCCCUUCCCGGAUUUUUGCCGACCCGCUCACAACGACGACGUUCUCAAGCCCGUCCUCUCUCCCCACCCCGGCACGGCUCAAGCCCUCUCUGGACGCAGUCGCCACAGCUAUCAUGGGCACCUCGUCCGGCAUUCCCAAGCUCGCGGUGCCGCCCAAGCCGAAGGCAUUGAUCGCCCGCAAACCGCGCAUCUCGCGCUCUCGCGUGAUUGCAAAGCUGGGCGCGCAGCGGGCUACUGGCCAGCCGACGCCUCUCGCACCCAGCGUGGUCCCCGCCAGCCGGACGCGGUCGAGCAUGGGGGCGAGGAAGUCGCUGGGGGGCGUCAGAGGCGGAAGGUCUAGCACGGGUGGGGAGGCCGUCAAGACCGCUGCGAAGAGGAGAGCUCGACAGAGCGAGUACGCGCGGCGGAGGAGCCGCGUCGUCGCUGCGGACCGUAAGAGCGCUGGAGGCGGAGGUAGGGAUCCGGGUGCGGACAGUGACCACUGA